AGCAUCAGAAUGGACUAAUACAGUAAACCUUAAAAAAUUGUUUUCUCUUGAAUGAAUCAGAAGAUUGGAAAACAAAUUUUGAAGGAUAAAUGUCAAUUUAGAAGAUGCUAUUGGAUGAUCUUUUAUCAUUAUGAGGAAAGUGUUUGUCAGGUUCAACUCCAGCCAUGGUUUCCCAGUGGAGGUCGAUUCUGACACCAGCAUCUUCCAGCUCAAGGAGGUGGUUGCUAAGCGACAGGGGGUUCCGACUGACCAGUUGCGUGUGAUUUUCGCAGGGAAGGAGCUGAGGAAUGACUGGACUGUGCAGAACUGUGACCUGGAUCAGCAGAGCAUCGUGCACGUUGUUCAGAGACCAUGGAGAAAAGGUCAAGAAAUGAAUGCAACUGGAGGCGACAACGCCAGAAACACGGUGGGAGGCCGUGAGCGGGAGCCCCAGAGUUUGACUCGGGUGGACCUCAGCAGCUCAGUCCUCCCAGGAGACUCUGUGGGGCUGGCUGUGAUUCUGCACACUGACAGCAGGAAUGGCUCACCACCAGCUGGCAGUCCAGCUAAUCGAGCCAUUUACCAUUCAUGGUACCUAGGCUGCAAAGGGCCCACUGAACGAAUCCUGCCAGGGGCUCUAAGAUCUGAUUGUCUAACAUGUGAAUCAGCUACUGUGACAAGCACUUUAUUAUUUUUCUUUUCUUGUGGGGCACACUCGACAGGAGACCUCAAGUGCUCGAUCGCCCCCAACAUAUUAUGCACAAAAUCAAGAAACAUCUUCCUUUCUCUCUGCAGGAGCCCCGUCCUAGUUUUCCAGUGCAACUCCCGCCACGUGAUUUGCUUAGACUGUUUCCACUUAUACUGUGUGACAAGACUCAAUGAUCGGCAGUUUGUUCAUGACCCUCAACUGGGCUACUCCCUGCCUUGUGUGGCUGGCUGUCCCAACUCCUUGAUUAAAGAGCUCCAUCACUUCAGGAUUCUGGGAGAAGAGCAGUACAACCGAUACCAGCAGUAUGGUGCAGAGGAGUGUGUCCUGCAGAUGGGGGGCGUGUUAUGCCCCCGCCCUGGCUGUGGAGCGGGGCUGCUGCCGGAGCCUGACCAGAGGAAAGUCACCUGCGAAGGGGGCAACGGCCUGGGCUGUGGGUUUGCCUUCUGCCGGGAGUGUAAAGAAGCGUACCAUGAAGGGGAGUGCAGUGCCCUAUUUGAAGCCUCAGGAAUAACUACUCAGGCCUACAGAGUUGAUGAAAGAGCCGCAGAGCAGGCUCGUUGGGAAGAAGCCUCCAAAGAAACCAUCAAGAAAACCACCAAGCCCUGUCCCCGCUGCCAUGUACCAGUGGAAAAAAAUGGAGGCUGCAUGCACAUGAAGUGUCCGCAGCCCCAGUGCAGGCUCGAGUGGUGCUGGAACUGUGGCUGCGAGUGGAACCGCGUCUGCAUGGGGGACCACUGGUUCGACGUGUAGCCAGGGCAACCAGGCGUCCCAUCGCCCCAUCCUGGGGGAGCAUACACAGUGUCCUACCUUCAUUUGCUAAUUCUCUUUUCAAACACACACACACACGCGCGCGCGCACACACACACACACACACACACACUCUUCAAGUUUUUUUCCAAGUCCAACUACAGCCAAAUUACAGAAGAACCUCCUGGAUCCCUUUCACUAUGUCCGUGAAAAACAGCAGAGUAAAAUUACAGAAGAAGCUCCUGAAUCCCUUUCAGUUUGUCCACACAAAACAGCAGAGCCGUCUGUGACACCAGCAAGAGGUGCUCUCAGCCUCAGGAUGACACAAAUUCCGGAGCACAGAUUCAAGUGCAAUCCAUGUAUGGGUCAUUCUCACCUGAAUCCAAGUCAGGCAGAAUGAGUAGCUGGAGAGAGAGUUCUCGCGUUUAAUAUCCUGCAUUUUACCUUCAGUAAACACCGUGAAGAUGCCAUUGACAAGGUGUUUCUCUGUAAAAUGAACUGCAGUGGGUUCUCAACUAGAUUCAUGGCUUUAACAGUAAUGUUCUUAUUUAAAUUUUCAGAAAGCAUCUAUUCCCAAGGAACCACAGGCAAUAGUCAAAAAAAUGUGUUUAUCCUUAAGAAUUCCAUCUCUAUAAAUUGCAUUAAUGAAAUGCCAACUAUGCAUAAAUCAACUUGUCAACUAAGUGAGAAAUUAUGAAAGUUAAUUUGAAUGUUGAAUGUUUGAAUUACAGGGAAGAAAUCAAGUUAAUGUACUUUCCUUCCAUUUCAUGAUUUGCAACUUUAGAAAGAAAUCGUUUUUCUGAAAGUAUUACCAAAAAAUCUAUAGUUUGAUUUUGAGUAUUUAUUUUGCAGCUUGGAGGUUUUGCGAAUACAUUUGACUCCUCUGUAAAUUUAAUGGAUAAUGUGCCUAUAAAGGAGACAUGUUUAGAAAUGAUUUCAAAAUGAUAUUCAAUCUGAACAAAAGUGAACAUUAUUAAACCAGAAUCUUUAAAGAGGAGCCUUUCCAGAACUACUGAAAUGAAGGCGCACCGGACUGUCUCCAUCAGAAGGGUUUAUGACCCUUUGGCACACCCUCUCUGUCCAAUCUGCAAGUCCCAGGGAGCUCUGCACACCCAGGGGUUCCCCAGGAGAGACCUUCUCUUAGGACAGUAAACUCACUAGAAUAUUCCUUAUGUUGACAUGGACUGGAUUUCAGUUCGAUCCAACUUUCAGCUUUUUGUUCAGCCAUUCACAGCACAAUCAAAAGAUUAACAACACGACAUGCGGCAAACCUCAUGUUCUUACGCACACUACGCAGAAGAGAAAGCACAACCACUAUCUUUUGUUCUACUUGUGUUGUCUGACUUCUCAGGAAGAUCGUGAAUAUAUCUGAAGGCAUGAGUAUCACUAGCGCAUGGAGGCCCUUCUGGAUUUAGAGACUCUGUAAAUUAUGAAAUCGGCAAGAGGGCCUCUGUUUUUAGAUGUAGCACCUGAAAUCCUUGCUGGAGGAAAGAGAGGGGAUGAACUCAAAUUUUCCACAUCCCGGGACACCUGUCCCUCUUUUCCUAACUGCCUGAGAUAAUCCAUUUCUUCCAGCCACCCAGGACAGUCCUGUCCUCUCAGACGCCCUGCACUGAGGACAGACUGGGCUCUGCGGCAGCCACAUCAGCAUCCACAGCUUCAUGUGGCUUCGCUGUCUGAAGAUCUGCCGACUCCAGCACGGCCCCACGGUGACAACAGACCUGCGACAGGAAGCCCAAAGCUCACAUCGAAAUGGUAGAGAGAUCAAAGUCUCUAUAGUAAGGGAAAAAAAGAGAGGUCGCAGGCAUGAGCCCCGGCAACCAGUGGCUUGUGUCCACACGGAAUCCAGACCCUGAUCGGGGUCUGACUUAGUGUCGCUGGCAAUCCCACUAAAUUGCAGUUCCUUACACUGGCCCGAUGUGACAAAUCAGGUGGCUCCCUUCUGUCACAGGGACCCCACAGAGUUUCCCAUCAUCCAUAGCUUUCUUCCUGAUGAGGUUUGCAUGAUUGCGCCUUCCCAGCCUGCAUGCUGCAUUGGGCUUGCAGUGCCUGAGCAAGGUUUGCUCGCACAAGCUCAGGCACCCUAGGAACCCCUGUUAGACUAUUAGGCUGUCCAGCUUGGUCUCCUUUCCUUUCUUGGUGGUGGUCUUUUCCCUUUCCAGAAUAGAACAGUGAUUCUUAAAAUAAGUUCGAGCAGGCUGGGCACGGUGGCUCAUGCCUGUAAUCCCAGCACUUUGGGAGGCUGAGGUGGGUGGAUCACGAGGUCAGGAGUUCAAGACCAGCCUGGCCAAGACAGCGAAACCCCAUCUCUACUAAAAAUACAAAGUGAGCUGGGCGCGGUGGCAGGCGCCUGUAAUCCCAGCUUCUCGGGAGGCUGAGGCAGGAGAAUCACUUGAACCCGGGGGGCAGAGGUUGCAGUGAGCCGAGAUCACACCACUGAACUCCAGCCUGGGCAACAGAGUGAGACUCUGUCUCAAAAAAAGCAAAAUCAGCAUCCGCUACACAUGAAAACGAAUCACAGUAUUAUUUGCACAGGAAGGGUGUAACAAAAUAUGAAUGUAUCACAAAAUAGAAAUAAAGUCUUUGCAGAAAAAAUCUAUUUUCUGUGACAUGUGUUGAGAUUAUCUGACAACUCUAAGAUUGUACUAAAUUGUCAAUAAAAGCAUCAAAAGAG